UGCCGCCGCCGCCGCCCCACCGCGCGCUGGCGGGGCGCCGCCAUGGAGGGGAUCAGUGUCCAGGAUGAGGCUGUGGACAAAAGCCGGUUUAAGGAAUGCAACCAGAUUGCUUUUUACAGACGUCAGAAAAUUCUACAUCCUGGAAAAUCCUCGUAUAAAGCGUUGUUGGAUUCAGUUGCAUUAAGUGAUGACAAUGUCAAAUUCCAAAUUAUUCAUGAGGAGAAUAAGGUUCUUCUAAAAGUAGAAAUUUGUGAAAUAGAGGGCAACAUUUUCAGGCUUAAAAUUAAUGAGGCAGCUCCUCUCAGAGCAAGGUAUGAAGUUCCUGAUGUUCUCAUAAAGGAACCUACCACCCACAGACUCUCUAUAUUCCAUAAGGAGGCAGAUAUUUUGGUGCUGAAAAGUGUUAAUGAGGAAUACAAGCUUCAGGUCACAGCAAACCCCUUCCAGAUUGAGCUACAGUCCAAGGAUGAGAUUGUUCUGAGCAUUAAUUCCAAUGGGUUAUUAUAUUUUGAGCACCUACAACCACCUCCCAGUGAUAGGAAAACUACAGCAGAAAACAAGGAGGAGACAGCAAGUGACUCCUCUAAGGAGAAACAAGAGGAUCUAGGACUCUGGCAAGAGAAAUUCGGCAGUUUUAUAGACAUCAAAGCCCAUGGCCCUAGUUCUGUAGGCAUGGAUUUCUCUUUACAUGGAUUUGAACAUACUUAUGGAAUACCACAACAUACAGAAACACUCCUUCUCAAAAACACCAGUGAUGGUGAUGCCUACCGGCUUUAUAAUUUGGAUAUUUUUGGCCAUAAGAUACAUGACAAAAUAGGCAUUUAUGGUUCCGUGCCCUUUCUCUUAGCCCACAAGCCUAACAGAACUUCUGGGAUCUUCUGGCUGAACUCUUCAGAAACACUGGUGGAUAUUAGCACAAAGGCAGUAGCUGAGCAUGUGCCCUCCAGAUCCACUGCAGAGACUGCUAAGCAGAGGGUACUGCCUCAAACUGAUGUGCGCUGGAUGUCAGAGAGUGGGAUCAUUGAUGUUUUCCUGCUGAUGGGACCCACUGCUUUUGAUGUCUUCAAGCAGUUUGCACAGCUGACAGGCACUCAAGCCCUACCUCCCCUCUUUUCUCUGGGUUACCAUCAAUGCCGCUGGAAUUAUGAGGAUGAGCAAGAUGUCAAGGCAGUAGACGCUGGCUUUGAUGAACAUGACAUUCCUUAUGAUGUGAUAUGGCUGGACAUUGAGCACACAGAUGGGAAGAGGUAUUUCACCUGGGAUAAGAAAAAAUUCCAGAACCCCAAAAGAAUGCAGGAACUUCUCAGGAAGCAAAAACGCAAGCUUGUUGUCAUCAUAGAUCCCCACAUUAAGGUUGAUCCCACAUACACCCUGUAUUCACAGGGCAAGGACAAGGGAUAUUUUGUGAAAGACAGGAAUGGACAAGAUUUUGAGGGCAUUUGUUGGCCAGGUUCUUCUUGUUAUCUGGAUUUCACCAAUCCUGAAGUGCGAAAAUGGUAUGCGGAUCAAUUUUCCUUCAAAACGUACAAGGGGUCAACUAAUAUCCUCUUUGUGUGGAAUGACAUGAAUGAGCCUUCGGUCUUCAGAGGGGCAGAGCUAACAAUGCAGAAGGAUGCUGUGCACUACAGCAGCUGGGAGCACCGGGAAGUUCACAACCUUUAUGGAUUUUACCAACAAAUGGCAACUGCAGAUGGACUCAUCAAGCGUUCUUUGGGAAAAGAGAGACCAUUUGUCCUCACACGAUCUUUUUUUGCUGGAUCUCAGAAGUAUGGGGCCGUGUGGACUGGAGACAACACAGCAGAGUGGGAAUACUUGAAAAUCUCCAUUCCAAUGCUGCUCACCAUCAGCAUAGCAGGGAUUUCGUUCUGUGGAGCUGACGUGGGAGGGUUUAUUGGAGAUCCAGAACCAGAAUUACUUGUUCGUUGGUAUCAGGCUGGAGCCUACCAGCCCUUCUUCAGAGGUCAUUCUAACAUGGAGAGCAAACGGCGAGAACCUUGGCUCUUUGGGGAGAAGAACACCCAGAUCAUCAGGAAAGCUAUUAGAGAGCGCUACACCCUCCUGCCCUACUUGUAUACGCUGUUCUAUCGGGCACACACAGCAGCAGAACCCGUUAUGAGGCCUCUCUGGGUAGAGUUUCCAGGGAAAGUAGACACUUUUGGUGUGGAAAAUGAGUACAUGCUAGGAAAUGCUUUGCUGGUGCAUCCAGUCACUGAGCGAGAGGCCAGGACAGUGAAUGUUCUGCUUCCUGGGUCAGAGGAGAUUUGGUAUGAUUUCAGAAUAUUUAAACGAAUGGAAGCUGCAGGCACUGUGAAGAUUCCAGUAACACUGGAUAAUAUUCCUGUGUUCCAGCGUGGGGGGACUGUGAUACCUCUGAAGAUCAGAGCUGGAAAGUCCACUGAAUGGAUGACAGAUACUUCUUACAAACUCCAUGUGGCCCUGGAUACAGAGGGCUAUGCAAAAGGUGAACUCUACCUAGAUGAUGGGCAUUCAUUCGAGUACCUUCACGAGAAGCAGUUCCUGCACCGGAAAUUCACUUUCCAUAAACAAGUUCUCUCUUCCAGUUGCACAGAUGAAAAAGGACAAUACUGCACAACAUGCAUAGUUGAACAAGUGAUAAUUCUGGGACUUGGACAGCAACCCAUGUCUGUGACAACAUGUUUAAAGGAUGGGAAGGAAAAAGAAGUGGUUUUCACAUAUGAAAUGAAGACCUCUGUGUUGACGCUGGAGAAGUUAGACCUGAGUGUUGGUGCUGACUGGGAGAUUCAUAUCAAGUGAAAGGAGAAACAGCUUCUUCGGAGAAUUUACUGAAAGGCUGAACGGAAAUGGAUUUGAAGGAGUUAAAAAGCUUAUCUGAAUCUGGUUAGAUCGAAGAACAUAUUUCCCUCUCUGCAAACUAACAUUUCCUAUAAUCUUGCUUUUAAAACAGUAAGUUAGACUUGAGUAGCUCUUCUCAAGUCAGCGGUUGAAAAAAUGUAAUAGCAAUGGGAUUGUAAUCACCAUCUGGUUUAGGCUAGCUUCAGUAAGACAUUAAGGUGAAGUUCUGCCUUCACUUGCACCAGAAUAUCCUGACUUGGUAAGUAGGUGAGGUUGUGACUGGUUGGCAUGGGGUUUAAUGUAAGUAUCUGAAAAGCCAACCACUCAUAGAGAAGAGCACUUGGGAAGAGCAGCUCUGUGCCCGCUUUAACAAACAGCAUUGAUAGCUAUGUCAGAUGUGGAGGUUAUGGUCAGUGUUCUGCUUGCAAGCUGCUUUGAGAAGCAAACCCAGAAGGAGCCACCCAGCAUGAGUACAGGCACUUCCCUUUUUCAAUCCUUACCACAGUGCAAAAUCAGGCAGUUUGUACAGGAAAGUAAACAACAGGCUAGCUUAACAGUUCAAGCUGAACUGAAGCUAAGGUUUUAAUAGGCAGUGCCAGUCAGUUGUGCGAUAUUGUAAUGCAGAAGUGGGGAAGUCAGAAUCCAUAUAACUAGAUUUGAAACUGGUAUUUGAAUUUUCAAGAAGGCACAAGUCUAAAGAAGUGCAGUGCUGCUUGGGGUGGCAGCAGGACUGCGAUGGAAAUCUUUGCACGUUAUUGCUCCCCUCUCCACCAGUGCAACUUAAAAAAAUUUUUUGUUAGGAAGGAAUUGUCUGUGUGUUUGGAUGCGUGAAUGUCAUUGGUUACAGCCAGCCUGAUACAGCAGCUCUGCUUCUGGACAUCUCUGCUGUUCCAUAUCUUUCAAUUCCUGAUAACAUCUGGCUUUCUUUUCUUUUUUUAGCAAUUUGUAGAUCAGUUUUAAUAUCUAGCUGAGUUUUGAGUUUAGUAGGUAGCAAUGGGAAAGCUUUUUCAGGCAAAGGAAACUUGAACCGCUCAACAUUUUCUUUAUAACGGAAAAUACUCUUUAAUUUAAUGGGAUUAAUUCUGUAUUUAGCCAUCCCGUCUCAUGCAUAUCCCCCCAUUUUCUUACAACUCACCUAAUACUCUUUUGCCUCACAAUCCCACUUUUUCUACAGACAGAACUGGGGUGCUCUGCUGCUUCCUUCCCUUAUCAGAGCCUGGAGACACAACCUGAGUAUGCUAAUUCCCAUACAUUCUACCUAUUCCCACUACCCUUUCUGUGUGACGCAUCUCUCCUCACAGGCUGCUGUCACUCCAUAAUUCAAGUUCAUUGGCCUUUCCAUUUGCUACAGUUGUCAAAUAUCAUAGAAUCAGUGAGGUUGGAAGGGACCUCUGAAGAUCAUCUAGUCCAACCUCCCUGCUCAAGCAGGGUCGCCUAGAGCAUGGUAAACGGGGUUGCAUCUAGGCAGGCCUUGAAGAUCUCCGAGAAGGAGACUCCACAACCUCUCUGGGCAACCUGGUCCAGUGCUCCGUCACUCUCACAGGGAACAAAUUCCCCCUCACCUUCAGGCAGAACUUCCUGUGGUUCAGUUUGUGCCCGUUGCUUGCCUCUUGUCCUGUCACAUGGGACAACUGAAAAGAGUUUGUCCCUGUCCCCUUGACACCCUCCCUUCAGAUACUCAUACACAUUGAUAAGAUCCCCCCUCAGUCUUCUCUUCCCCAGGCUGAAGAGGCCCAGCUCUCGCAGCCGUUCCUCAUAGGGCAGGUGCUCCAGCCCUCUGAGCAUCUUCAUAGCCCUACGCUGGACUCUCUCCAGUAGCUCCGUGUCUCUCUUGAACUGGGGAGCCCAGAACUGGACACAGCACUCGAGAUGAGGCCUCCCCAGGGCUGGGUAGAGAGGCAGGAUCACCUCCCUCGAUCUGCUGGAAACAUCCUUCCUAAUGCUCCUGAGGAGACCAUUGGCCUUCCUGGCCACAAGGGCACAUUCCUGGCUCAUGGUCAACUUGUCAUCCACCAGCACUCCCAGGACCUUCUCUGCAGAGCUGCUUUCCAGAAGGUCAGCCCCCAGCUUGUCCUGGUGCCUAGGGUUAUUCCUCCCUAGGUGCAGGACCUGCACUUGCCCUUGUUGAACCUCAGGAGGUUCCUCUCUGCCCAACUCUCCAGCCUGCCCAGGUCUCUCUGAAUGGCAGCACAGCCCCCUGGGGUAUCAGCCACUCCUCCCAGCUUGGUAGCAUCAGCAAACUUGCUGAGGAGGCACUCUGUCCCCUCAUCCAGGUCACUGAUGAAUAAGUUGAACAGGAUGGGACCCAGUACUCAGCCCUGGGGGACACCACUAGCCACAGGCCUCCAGCUAGACUCCACGCCACUGAUGACGAACCUCUGAGCUCUGCCUUUCAGCCAGUUCUCAGUCCACCUCACUGUCUACCUGUCUAACCCACGCUUCCUGAACUUAUCUAGGAGGAUGUUAUGGGAGAUAGUGUCAAUAACCUUGCUGAAGUCAAGGUACACAAUGUCCACUGCUCUCCCCUCAUUUACCCAGCCAGUCAUUCCAUCCUAGAAGACUCUCAGAUUGGUUAAGCAGGAUUUCCCCUUGGUGAAUCCAUGCAGGCUACUCCUGAUCACCUUCUUUUCCUCCAUAUGUCUGGAGAUGACAUCCAGAAUGAGCUAUUCCAUCCCCUUUCCAGGGAUGGAGGUGAGACUGACUGGUCUGUAGUUGCCUGGGUCCUCCUCCUUGCCCUUUUUGAAGACUUUUGGAGUGACAUUGGCUUUCUUCCAGUCCUCAGGCACCUCUCCAGUUCUCCAGGACCUUUCAAAGACGAUGGAGAGCAGCCUGGCAACAACAUCCGCCAGCUCCCUCAGUACCCGUGGGUGCAUCCCAUCCGGGCCCAUGGAUUUGUGGAUGUCUAGCCUGCCCAGAAGGUCUCUAAUCCUAUCCUUCUCAACCAAAGGAAAGUCUUCCCUUCUCCAGACUUUCUCCCUCACGUCCAGGCUGCAGGAUUCCUUAGCAGUAAAGACUGAAGCAAAGAAGGCAUUCAGUAAUUCUGCCUUCUCUGAAUCCCUUGUCACCAUGGCCCCCUCUCCAGUCAGUAGCUGGCCCACGUUUUCCCUAGUCCUCCCCUUGCUGCUGAUGUCGUUGAAGAAGCCCUUCCUGUUGUCCUUGACAUCCCUUGCCAGACUCAAUUCCAUCUGGGCCUUAGCCUUCCUUGCAGCAUCUCUACAUACUCUGACUGCAUUCCUAUAGUUCUCCCAAGUAGCCUGUUUCCUCUUCCACAUUCUGUGUGUUUUCUUCUUCUGUCUGAAUUUGGCCAAGAGCUCCUUGCUCACCCAUGCAAGUCUCCUGCCCCUUUUGCUGCACUUCUUACUCAUAGGAAUAUAUUACUUUAAUAUAUAUUAAUAAUAUAUUACUUUAAAAUCGAUUCAGGCAAGCCUGAACAUACUGUCAGUUGGGUUUUAUGGAUACAAAAGAGCAGAAUCUAUUUAUUUAUGUAUUUAUUUUCAGUAAGAUAAGGAAAUAUUUUCUGAAAAGAUAGUAGAUUGACUCUUGGGAAGCAGAGAAGCAUUGUUAACAUUUUUGCGUACUAAAGGGAACAUAACCGUCCAUUUGUGCAGUGUGCCCUGCUCUUCUUACUAAGCCCUCCCUGAGCAGGGUCAGUCAGUCAUUGCCACCUGCUGCUGUUUGUCCUCCGCAGGGCAGAUUUCUGCAAAUAUCAAAUGUGAGAGCUAACUAUGAUUACUCUGCUUUUGACUACUGAGUGCAACUUGUUCCCCACCAGACCCCUGGGUUCCUCCUCCUUUAGUCUGCAAAGCUGUUUUUCAACCCUUCUAGUAGGUACUAUAAGCCUCUGCUGUAGGAAUUGGGGACUGGCAGCCUAAACAGUGCUGUGCUUAAUGCAGGCAAGUGGAUCAGCAGCAAAUAGGUCUUUUACAGGCUCCAUUCUUCUAUUGGCUUCUAAGGUUUAAAUGGUGAUUGUUUCCUACAUUUAAGCAUAAUGGUGGUUCUGACUGUGUAAUUAUUGUCUGGAACACUUUAAUGAAACAUUUUACCUGGUAUUUCUGAAGUGUGAAAGUAAGUGGAAUAAAGUAACAUUGAAGUGAGUUAAACACCUUAUUCCUUCUAACCUUCCUUGUACUAUGGAGAAUUUCUAAGUAAUAUUCUUUAAAAUGUAUCUGAUUAAAAGUGGCUGACUGCUUUUUAUGCUGUGA